AUGGUUGUUCUUGAUUUAAAAACUGGUAAUGUCACAGAUCGUGCUUUAAAAAUCACUAAAUCAACUAAAAAAUUAUCAAAAGAUCAAAAACAAACUGGUAUUAAAAUUAAUUGGAUUUAUGAUUUAAAAGAAUUAGAUAAAAAUACUUUAGGUAAACCAGAUGUUGAAAUUGAAAACGCUGAAAAUAAUGGACAAUAUUUUGAUAGACCUGAAGGUGCAGUUGGAGUUUUAGUUCAAUCUAGUGAUGAACCUGCUGCUUUUUCUGGUUGGUAUAAUAAUGAUCAUUCUGGUGAUCAUAAUAUUUAUGGUAAUCAAUCUGAACAAACCCAACAAAUUUAUUAUUUAUCUGAUACUCAAUCUAUUUUUAUUGGAUUAUUUUAA